AUGGACAAAUUCCGGAUGAUCUUCCAGUUCCUGCAAUCUAACCAGGAGUCCUUCAUGAAUGGUAUCUGCGGCAUCAUGGCACUGGCCAGUGCCCAGAUGUACUCGGCCUUCGAUUUCAACUGCCCCUGCCUGCCAGGCUACAACGCAGCCUACAGUGCUGGCAUUCUGCUGGCGCCUCCCCUGGUACUCUUCCUGCUGGGCCUGGUCGUGAACAACAAUGUGUCCAUGUUGGCCGAGGAGUGGAAACGACCCCCAGGCCGCCGGGCCAAGGACCCCGCCGUGCUUCGCUACAUGUUCUGUUCCAUGGCGCAGCGCGCCCUCAUCGCCCCUGUCGUGUGGGUCGCUGUCACGCUGCUGGAUGGCAAGUGCUUCCUCUGCGCCUUCUGCACGGCAGUGCCCGUGGCCACCCUGGGUAACGGCAGCCUGGCACCCAGCCUCCCUGCCCCCGAGCUCGCCCGCCUGCUGGCACGGGUGCCCUGCCCUGAGAUCUAUGACGGGGACUGGCUGCUGGCCCGGGAAGUGGCCGUUCGCUACCUGCGCUGCAUCUCCCAGAUGGUGGGCAGAGGUCCUGCCCAGGUGCCUCCAUAUUUGUCUGGCCUUGGACACGUUCUCCUCUUUAGAACUUCCAUCCUGAUCUUCGCAGCCAGAAUUCUCUGUAUUCUGAAGGUCUGA